GGCUCGCGGGAGCUUCAGAGUUACGUGAGGGGCGGAUGACAGAUCGGGUUUCAAAGCCAAAAUUAGCCGCGGACAUGGAGAACGGCGUGGAGGGGGACGAAGCGGUCUGUGUCCUGGGGGGCUUCGCGGACUCUGACAGCGCAGAGAGCCGAGCCCUGAUCGCCGGGCUCUCGGAGUCUCACCUGGUGGACAAGGACAGGGAGAAGGCUACGGAGAGGUUCCUGUUUAUCAUGGACAAGUAUCAGGAGCAGCCCCAUCUUCUGGAUCCACAUUUAGAGUGGAUGCUGAACAUGCUGCUGGAGCAGAUCCGCAGUGAGCAGUCUCCACCUCCACUCGUUCAUUUAGCAUUCAAAUUCCUCUACGUAAUCUCAAAGGUGCGAGGCCAUAAGAUCUUCAUGCAGCUUUUGCCACAUGAGGUCUCGGAUGUCCACCCAGUUCUGGAUCUUCUGAGCCGCCAAAAUCCCAAGGACCAUCAGACAUGGGAGACUCGCUACAUGCUGCUGCUGUGGCUCUCCAUGACCUGUCUCAUACCUUUUGACCUUUCUCGGUUGGAUGGACACCUGACCUCAGAAUCCGGCCAAGCGAGAGAGCCAAUCAUGGACCGCAUCCUUGCUAUUGCAAAGUCAUACCUCACUGUCUGCGACUCAUCUAGGGAUGCUGCAUCUAUACUGGUCUCAAAGUUUCUGACACGUCUGGAUGUGAAACAGAAGCGUUUGGGAGACUUCCUGGACUGGAGCUUGACCAUCAUGUCCCAGACUCAUGAUUUAACCAUGGAGGGGACUGUGAUGUUGGAUGGGGCACUGCAGAGUCUGGCACAGCUCUUUAAGCAUGGGAAACGAGAUGACUUUCUGCUGUAUGCGCCCACCGUGCUGCAGUGUUUGGACAAACGGCGGUUGGCAGAGAGCAACCAAACUGUCCUGCGGAAACUGGGCAUCAAACUGGUUCAGCGUCUGGGCCUGACCCUGCUCAAGCCUCGCCUGGCUAAGUGGAGAUACCAGCGAGGAAGUCGCUCCCUAGCCGCGAACCUGUCUCAGCCCACCAAGGUUACCGAACAGGCGCAAUCCAAGGUAGAGAAUGGUGAUUUGGAGCAGGCCACCCAGGAGGAAGACUAUGACAUUCCUGAGGAAAUUGAGAACGUUAUAGAACAACUCCUGGUUGGACUCAAGGACAAAGAAACCAUUGUUCGUUGGUCAGCAGCCAAAGGGAUUGGCAGAGUGACGGGGAGGCUCCCUGUGGAGCUGGCCGAUGAGGUUGUGGCCUCAGUCCUGGAGUGUUUCAGCUUCCAAGAGACCGACAAUGCGUGGCAUGGGGGCUGCCUGGCCCUGGCUGAGCUCGGUCGGCGGGGGCUGCUGCUGCCCUCACGUCUUCCUGAUGUGGUCCCGCUCAUUCUGAAGGCCCUGAUGUAUGACGAGAAGAGGGGAGCGUGCAGCGUGGGCACCAACGUGCGUGAUUCCGCCUGCUAUGUGUGUUGGGCCUUUGCCCGGGCCUACGAUCCUGUGGAGCUCAAGCCUUUCGUCACACAGAUCGCCAGCGCUCUAGUGAUCACCACUGUGUUCGAUAGGAAUGUGAACUGCCGGAGAGCAGCCUCGGCUGCCUUCCAGGAGAACGUUGGGAGACAGGGGACAUUUCCUCACGGCAUUGACAUCUUGACGUUGGCAGACUACUACGCAGUGGGCAACCUCAGCAACUGCUACCAGAUGAUCAGCGUUUACAUUGCCAGUUUCCCAGAAUAUACCAAGCCCAUGAUUGACCACUUGGUAGCCAUGAAGAUCAACCACUGGGACAAAUCGAUCCGAGAGCUGGCUACCAAAGCACUACACAGCCUCACCCCACAGGCCCCAGAGUACAUGGCAAACAUAGUGCUGCCACAACUGCUGACCAUGGCAACAAAUAUGGACUUGCAUGGUCGACACGGAGCCAUCUUGGCCUGUGCUGAGAUUAUAUAUGCCCUUUACAAACUGGGCUCUCCAACUGACAGGCCAGUGACUGAUUUCCUGUCAGCAGGCUCUGUUGAGGAGCUAAAAUGCAUCCACCAAAAGCUGUUUGAUCGGCAGCAGUACAGGGGUUUUGGAGGGGAGCUGAUGAGGCCAUCAGUCUGUGCUCUCAUUGAGAAGAUGUCACUCUCAAGAAUGCCCUUCCAUAAAGACCCCAUUAUCGUUGGCUGGCAGUGGUUGAUUGACGACAGUUUGAAAAGCCUGCACCUCUUCUCUAGUGGGGCCAGGCAGGGUAUCAAGGAGUCUGCGGUGUCAGCUCUGUCGGCACUGUGUCAGGAGUAUUACCAGGUCAAACCUGAUGUGGCUGAUCCAGACAUGCAGGAACAGCUGGUGACCCAGUACAUCGCAGGACUGAGGAGUCCGGAGGUUCUGACCCGUUGUGGUUGUGCUUUGGCACUGGGUUCACUGCCCCGGUUCAUGAUCCGAAGCAAACUGCAGCAGAUACUGGAAGGCCUCCAAGAAAUAUGCAGAAUCACCCAGAAGGAUGUGACUUUUGCUGAGUCCAGGAAAGAUGCAGCUACAGCUAUAGCACAGGUAUAUGCCACUGCGGGGGUCUCCACACAGGGCUCGCCGGACUCAUUUCUGUGCCUAAACAAUGUCACCAAAGUCUAUGGUGCCUUACUGGACUGCAUGAAUGACUACACCACAGACAGCCGAGGAGACGUAGGGUCCUGGGUUCGAGAGGCCGCCAUGACCAGCCUCAUGGAUGUGACUUUCUUGGUGGUCGCCAGCGACCCAGAGCUCCUCACUCCUGAGCUCUGUGAGCGCAUGAUGUGCUGCCUGGCUCAGCAAGCUGCAGAGAAGAUCGACCGAUGCCGGGCUCACGCAGGGACCAUCUUUCUGGACCUCUUGCACAGCAAAAAUCCUGUAGUACCCCACAUCCCCCACCGCGAGGAGCUGCUGGCCAUCUUUCCUGUCGAUAGGGCAGUGCCCCUGAACUGGAAGGCUCCAUCGGAGGCCUUCCCGCAUAUCACACAACUGCUGCGGCUGCCCCGGUACCAGUACCACACCUUGCUGGGCCUGACCGUGUCUGUGGGAGGACUCACAGCAUCCACGGUUUGUUUCUCCUCCCAGUCGCUGUUUGACUACCUGAAAGGCAUCCAGCAGGACCGGCACAUGCUGGAACAGUUUUCGGCGACAUUACUGCAAAUCUUUCGAGACCACCUGAGCAAUGACAGGGUUUUUAUCCCCCUGUUAAAGAUGUUAGACCAGAUGCUGGCCAGAGGCUGCUUUGAUGGAUUCACCAGCGAGGAGAAUCACAUGUUCUGCAUCGACAUUCUGGCACUCUGCAAAGAGGGGAUAAAGAGGUCAAAGGACGUCGAGAAGCUGCGCUCCAGCAUAGCUGUGUUCUGUGGGCUGAUUCAGUUCCAAGGAGAGGUCAGAAAGAAGGUUCUCUUCCAGCUCCUGCUGCUGCUGUGCCACCCUUACCCUGUGAUAAGGAAGACAACAGCCAGCCAGGUUUAUGAAAUGCUGUUGAUGUAUGAUGAUGUUAUCGACCCUGCUGUGAUGGACGAGGUCAUGACUGAGCUAAGCGAUACUAACUGGGAAGGUGAUUUAACCAUGGUCAGAAGCCACAGGAAUCAGCUCUGUGAUUUGCUGGGAGUACAGAGGCCCACUGUGGUUGCCAAGAGUCCAGUCCAAUAGGUGUUUGACAGGCUGUCCAUCAGGAAUAUUGGGCCGAACAUGAAUCUGAACGGACAUCCCAGUGGCGUCACAAAGUCACCCCUCUGUCUAUUGGUCUGUCUGCCCUUCUGCCUGUUUGUCCCUCUACUUUUAUGUCCCAUUAUGUAAAUACCUGAUUUCCAGAUACCAUGUUCCACUUGCUGAGGUGUCAAUAAAAUGACACAAAAGACAA